CUCAUUCAAACAAAUUAACAAAAAACCAGGAUGAAGGGGUGCAUUUUUAACAUCGACAACGGCUACUUGGAGGGUUUAUGCAGAGGCUUCAAGUGCGGAAUCCUCAAACAUGCUGACUACCUUAAUUUGGUCCAGUGUGAAACACUUGAAGACUUGAAGCUCCACCUUCAAAGUACAGAUUAUGGCACUUUCUUAGCCAACGAACCUUCGCCUCUUGCUGUUUCAACAAUAGACAGCAAACUACGUGAAAAGUUGGUCAUCGAAUUCGAGCACAUGAGAAAUCAAGCUGUAGAGCCUCUUUCAACUUUCUUGGACUUUAUCACUUACAGCUACAUGAUUGACAAUAUCAUUCUGCUGAUAACUGGCACCCUGCAUCAGAGGCCUAUCAGCGAACUGAUUCCCAAAUGUCACCCUUUGGGUAGUUUCGAGCAAAUGGAGGCAAUUCAUGUGGCUUCUACCCCUGCUGAGCUGUACAAUGCUGUCUUGGUUGACACCCCUUUGGCCCCAUUUUUUGUUGAUUGCAUUUCUGAGCAAGAUUUAGAUGAAAUGAACAUUGAGAUUAUCAGAAACACUUUGUACAAGGCCUUUUUGGAUGGAUUUUAUGAUUUUUGCAAGGAAAUUGGAGGCACUACAGCUGAAUGUAUGUGCGAGAUUUUAGCUUUUGAAGCAGAUCGUCGUGCUAUUAUUAUUACUAUAAACUCAUUUGGUACUGAGCUGUCCAAAGAUGACAGAGCCAAGUUGUACCCACGUUGUGGCAGGCUUCACCCUGAUGGUCUAGCAGCCUUAGCCAGAGCUGAAGAUUACGAUCAAGUCAAAGCAGUUGCUGAAUACUAUGCCGAAUAUCAAAAACUAUUUGAAGGUGCUGGAAACAAUCCAGGAGACAAAACUCUUGAAGACAAAUUCUUUGAGUAUGAAGUACGUUUGAACAUAAAUGCUUUCAUGCAACAGUUUCACUUUGGGGUGUUUUAUUCGUACUUGAAACUCAAAGAGCAAGAGUGUCGUAAUAUUGUUUGGAUUGCUGAGUGUGUAGCACAAAAGCACCGAACCAAGAUUGAUAAUUAUAUCAAUAUUUUUUAAAGAUUUGAAUCAGUAUUUUUGUGUCAUUCCAUUAAUUGUUGUUGUAGAUAAAAAAAAAAAACAGCUUGUUUAGGACUAAAUUUUGUUAAGUAUUAUUGUGCACACGUUUAAAUUAUAGAUUUUUCUUUAUACUCAAUGUAUGUUUU